CAACAACAACAACAACAAACAACAAAAAACAAACAACUCAAGAGAAUCGCACAAAUCCAAAGACAGCCCACGAAUGCAGCCAACAUUGCCACAAGCCGCUGGGACAGCCGAUAUGGAUCUGACGGCUGUUCAAUCAAUCAACGAUUGGUUUUUCAAAAAGGAGCAAAUUUAUUUAUUGGCACAAUUUUGGCAACAGCGCGCUACACUAGCCGAGAAGGAAGUGAACACCCUCAAGGAGCAACUUUCGACUGGCACGCCCGGCAGCAACAGCGACAGCAACAGCGACAACAACAACACAGCAGAAUCAGCAGCAGUAGCAGCAGCAGCAGCAUCAUCAUUGGCCAGCGGCGAAGAGGAAGCCACUGGCAACAGCGAAAGCGACAGCGACAAGCUGCUGAAUAGCUCGAUUGUUGCAGCGGCCAUAACGCUGCAACAGAACGGCGGCAAUCUGCUGGCCAACACAAACACACCGUCGCCAUCGCCGCCGUUGCUGAGCGCUGAGCAGCAGCAACAGUUGCAGAGCAGCCUGCAGAACGGCGUCGGCGGCGCCUGCUUAAAUCCCAAGCUCUUCUUCAAUCACGCAAAGCAAAUGAUGAUGGAAGCGGCAGCAGCUGCUGCAGCGGCGGCAGCGGCAGCCCAACAGCAACAGCAGCAACAAUCGCCCAUGCACUCGCCCGUUGCUGUAGCCAACAACACAAUUGCAGCAAAUGCAACAACCACAACAACAGCCGCAGCAGCAGCUGCAGCAGACGACGACGAAGAGGAGGAUGCAUCCAUGCAAUCGAAUGUGGCGCAUGCCGAUGGUGAUCUAGAUGACGAUGAUAUGGAGCUAGAGCCGGACCAUGUGGCUGAGUCGGGCAGUGCUGCUGCCGCUGAGCCAUUGCAAGAGGAUGAGGUCGAAGCUAGUUUAAAUGUUAGCAAAAAUCACAACAACAACAACACCAAUACUGAUAGCAACAAUAGCUGUAGUCGAAAGAACAAGAACAACAACAACAACAGUGAAACGCAACAUGUUGCACUGCGUGAUAAUAAUGUAAAUGAGCAACAUGUGGCACAUAGCGCCGAGGACGACGAUUGCACCAAUAACAAUACUAACACAAACAACAACAACAACAAUGAGAAGCGCAAAAAGCGCAACACCAGCAACAACAAUAAUAACAACAACAACAACCAGCCCGCUGUUCUAUUAGCUGCCAAAGACAAAGAGAUUAAAGCACUUUUGGAUGAGUUGCAACGGCUGCGCGCUCUUGAACAAACUCACCUGAUACAAAUCCAGAGGCUCGAAGAGCAUUUGGAGGUGAAGCGACAGCAUAUUAUGCGUUUGGAAGCGCGCUUGGAUAAGCAACAGAUAAAUGAGGCACUCGCCGAGGCUACUGCAUUGGCGGCCGCUGUUAACGCAGCCGCAACAAAUAAUAACAACAAUAGCAACAGCAACAACAAUAAUAACAGCAACAAUAACAACAAUCACAGUAGCCAGAGCAGCGACAAUAACAACGCAUUCAAAACAAAACUAACAUCGACCCAUCAGCACAACGACGAUGAUGACGAUGACGAUGACAAUGAUCAUGAUAAUGAGCUGCGCGAUGCGGACGAUGAUGAGGAUAUGGACAACAGCGAGCAGCAACAUGCCGCCAUGGUAAACAAUCGGAUCGACGAUGCAACCGAUAAGGAUGAUGCCGAGGAGCAGGAUGCCGAAAUGUCCAAUGCCACAGCCACAGCGGAAAGCAAUGAGCUGAAAAUCAAAAAAGAGCAGCACAGUCCACUGGACCUGAAUGUACUCAGUCCACAGUCGGCCAUUGCCACAGCCGCGGCGGCCGCAGCAGCCGCUGCCUGCGCCAACGAUCCCAACAAAUUCCAAGCUCUGCUCCUGGAACGCACCAAGGCACUGGCCGCCGAGGCGCUCAAGAAUGGCACCAGCGAUCCAGCCAGCGAUGACGCAUUCCAGCAACAACAGCAGCAACAACAACAACAACAACAGCAACAACAACAACACUAUCAACAGCAACAACAUGGACCCUCGUCCACUGUGCUGCUCAGUCAAUUGCCACUAAAUCAUCAUCAUCAUGGCCACCACCAUGGCCAUUCGCAUGGACAGCUUUUGCAUGCGGGACACCAUCUGCAUCAUGGCGCCGACUCGAACUCAUCUAGCGCCAACAGCACGCCAAAUAGCACCGCCCAACUGGCAGCCAGCAUUGCCAGUACGCUGAACGGCAAUAAGUCGCUGUUGCAGGCAGCGGCCGCUGCCAAUGUCGUUGCCGAGGACAACAAUAACAGUCUGACGCCGAACGCGAAUGCGGCAGUUGCCGCCGCGGCGAUGGCUGCACAUGCACAGCAUGCCGCCGCACUGGGUGCACCCAAUUUUCUGCCCAAUCUGCCCAGCCUGCCGGCAUUCCAGUUUGCGGCCGCAGCAGCCGCUGGCCAGGAUGCCCGUGCGCAUUUUCGGUUUGCGGAUGCUGAGCUGCAACUGCAGCCGGGCGUAUCGAUGGCCGGCCGACUGGGUGAAUCCCUGAUACCCAAAGGUGAUCCCAUGGAGGCCAAGCUGCAGGAGAUGCUGCGCUACAACAUGGACAAAUAUGCGAACCAAGCGCUCGACACGCUACACAUCUCGAGGCGCGUACGCGAGCUGCUCUCCGUGCACAACAUCGGGCAGCGUCUGUUUGCCAAAUACAUAUUGGGCCUGUCCCAGGGCACCGUCUCCGAGCUGCUGAGCAAGCCAAAGCCCUGGGAUAAGCUGACCGAGAAAGGUCGUGACAGCUACCGCAAGAUGCAUGCCUGGGCCUGUGAUGAUAAUGCCGUCAUGCUGCUCAAAUCCCUCAUACCCAAGAAAGAUUCCGGACUGCCACAGUAUGCUGGUCGCGGCGCUGGCGGCGAUGAUUCCAUGUCUGAGGAUCGCCUCGCACACAUACUCAGCGAGGCCUCGUCCCUGAUGAAGAGCAACGUGGUUGCCGCCCAGCAGCAGCAGGAGCAUCAGCGUCGCCAUGCCGGCGACGAUACGCACAGCAAUGAGGACAGCAAAUCGCCGCCACAGAGCUGCAGCUCGCCCUUCUUCAAGGUGGAGCAUCAGAUCAAGCAGCAGCAGCAACAGCAGCUGCAUGUCUCCGAGCAUGCGCAGCGUGAGCAGCGCGAAGCGCAGCAGCAACGCGAGCAGCGCGAACAGCGUGAAGCCGCGCAGCGUGAACAGCAGCAGCGUUUGCGUCACGAGGAUCUGGCACAGGACAAAAUGGCGCGUCUCUAUCAGGAGCUAAUGGCGCGUACUCCACGCGAAGCAGCCUUCCCCAGCUUUUUGUUGUCGCCGUUCUUUGGCGGAGCCGCGGCCAUGCCUGGAGCAGCUGGCAAUCCAUUCCCCGCGGCAAUGGCCGCCGAUGAGAAUAUGCGUCAUGCAUUCGAGCGUGAGAUCGUUAAGCUGCAACAGCAGCAGCAGCAGCAACAGCAGGCGCAGGCCGCCAGUUUUCCCAACUUUUCCAGUUUGAUAGCACUGCAGCAGCAGGUGCUGAACGGUGCGCAGGAUUUGUCGCUGGCCGGCAAGGAUAUUAAAUUGAACGGACAGCGCUCGUCCCUGGAGCAGCACAGCGGCAGCAGCAGCUCCAAGGAUGGCGAACGCGGCGACGAUGCUGAGCGCAGUUUCCCUGCACUGCCGCAUGUUCGCAAAUCCGAAGGCGGCAAUACGCCUGCACCGCCAGCACCACCAGCACCGCCCGCCGCAGUCAGCAGCAGCAAUCCGAAUGUCGCGACAGCCGCAGCGGUUGCCAGCGGCCAUGGCAGCAACUCGGCGGCACCCAGUCCAUUGAGCAACUCGAUACUGCCACCGGCUCUGAGCAGCCAGGGCGAGGAGUUUGCGGCGACAGCCAGUCCCCUGCAACGGAUGGCAUCCAUAACCAAUUCGUUGAUCACACAGCCGCCGGUUACGCCGCAUCAUGCACAGCCACAGCGGCCCACAAAGGCGGUGCUGCCACCCAUUACCCAGCAACAGUUCGAUAUGUUCAACAAUCUGAACACGGAGGACAUUGUGCGGCGCGUCAAGGAGGCAUUGUCUCAGUACAGCAUCUCACAGCGGCUAUUCGGCGAAUCCGUGUUGGGUCUGUCGCAGGGUUCCGUAUCCGAUCUGCUUGCCAGGCCCAAGCCCUGGCACAUGCUCACCCAGAAGGGACGUGAGCCGUUCAUACGCAUGAAAAUGUUUCUCGAGGAUGAGAAUGCAGUGCACAAGCUGGUCGCCAGUCAGUACAAGAUAGCGCCCGAAAAGCUGAUGCGCACGGGCAGCUACAGCGGCAGCCCUCAGAUGCCGCAGGGACUGGCCAACAAGAUGCAGGCCACGCUACCCAUGCAGAAGAUGAUGAACGAACUGAAGCUACAGGAGCCAGCCCAAGCGCAGCACAUCAUGCAACAGAUGCACGCAGCGGCCGCGAUGUCAGCGGCCAUGCAACAGCAGCAACAGGCAGCUGCUGCCCAAGCCGCCGCCGUGCAGCAGGCCCAGGCCCAAGCCCAGGCACAGCAGAGCCAGCAGCAGCAGCAGGCCCAGCAGCAGGCACAGCAGCAGGCACAGCUACUGCAUCAUCAGAAUAUGCUGCUGACAUCGCCGGGCUUGCCGCCACAGCAUGCAAUCAGUCUGCCAGCGGCCAGCACGCCCGGUGGCCAGCCCGUUGGUAAUCCGGCUGCAGCCUCCACGCCGGUCAGCGGCGAGAAGAAGCCGAUGAUGAUGCCGGUGCAUGGUGGAGCACACGCGCCAAAUGCCAUGCGCAGUCUGCAUCAGCAUAUGUCGCCAACCGUAUAUGAGAUGGCCGCAUUGACACAGGAUCUGGACACGCACGAUAUAACCACCAAGAUUAAGGAGGCACUGCUCGCCAACAACAUUGGCCAGAAGAUCUUUGGCGAGGCGGUGUUGGGGCUAUCGCAGGGCUCUGUUUCGGAGCUGCUUAGCAAACCGAAGCCCUGGCACAUGCUCUCCAUCAAGGGUCGCGAGCCGUUCAUCCGCAUGCAACUUUGGCUGAGCGAUGCCAACAAUGUGGAGCGUUUACAGCUGCUGAAGAACGAGCGACGGGAGGCGAGCAAGCGCCGACGCAGCACCGGGCCCAAUCAACAGGACAACAGCAGCGAUACGUCGAGCAAUGAUACGAACGAUUUCUAUACAAGCAGCCCGGGUCCGGGUUCGGUGGGUUCAUCGGUGGGCGGUGCACCGCCCAGCAAGAAGCAGCGUGUGCUCUUCUCCGAGGAGCAAAAGGAGGCGCUGCGCUUGGCCUUUGCCCUCGAUCCGUAUCCAAAUGUGGGCACCAUCGAGUUUCUGGCCAACGAGCUGAGCCUGGCCACGCGCACCAUCACCAACUGGUUCCACAAUCAUCGCAUGCGGCUCAAGCAGCAGGUACCCCACGGCCAGCCUGGCCAGGACAAUCCCAUACCCAGUCGCGAGAACACCAAUGCCACGCCCUUCGAUCCCGUCCAGUUUCGCAUACUGCUGCAGCAGCGUCUCGUCGAGCUACAUAAGGAGCGCAUGGGUCUGAGUGGUGCGCCCAUACCAUACCCACCGUACUUUGCCGCCGCCGCGCUGCUUGGACGCAGCCUGGCUGGCAUACCGGGCGCUGCAGCGGCUGCUGGUGCGGCGGCAGCUGCGGCUGCUGCGGUCGGCGCCGCCGGCGGUGAUGAGCUGCAGGCACUGAAUCAGGCCUUCAAGGAGCAGAUGAGCGGGCUGGAUUUGUCGAUGCCAACGCUGAAGCGCGAGCGCACCGAUGAUUAUCAGGAUGAACUGGAGCUGGAUGCCAGCGCUCACAAUAUGAGCGACAACGAGUCCAUUGAGGGCAGCCACGAGCCGGAGAGCACGCCCAUAUCUGACUAUGAAAAGGCGCUGCAGAAGUCCGCGCUCGCCUCAGCCGCCGCCGCUGCCGCCUACAUGAGCAAUGCGGCGCGCAGCUCGCGUCGCAAGCCGGCGGCACCACAGUGGGUCAAUCCGGCGGCCGCUGGCACGCCCGCAGCAGCUGGCGCAGCUAUCGCCGCUGUUGGCGGCGUCGCUGCCGGCGACACCAGCAGCAACAGCGAGCGCAUCAUAAACGGCGUCUGCGUCAUGCAGGCCUCCGAUUACGGUCGCGAUGAGACCGACAGCGUCAAGGGCGGCGACUCCAAUGCAGAUGCGGAGCACGAGGAUCAUGCGCAGCUGGAGAUUGAUCAGCGCUUCAUGGAGCCCGAGGUUCACAUCAAGCAGGAGGAGAACGACGAUGACGAACAGUCGUCGCUGGCGCAGCUGCAGCAGCCGGACGAGGAUGCCUUGCGCCUCGCCAGCGAUGCGGAAAAGCAGCUGAAGGUAAUCAACGAGGAGAAGCUGCGACUGGUGCGCGUGCGUCGGCUGAGCAGUAAUGGUGACGCCGACGAGCACUGCGCCGCAGCGCAGCAGGCGACAGCAGCAGCAGCAGCUGCGGCGCCGGCAACAGCAGCGUGGAACUACUAAGCCAGCGAACUGGCAGAGGAACCAGCAACUCCGGAGAGUGCAAUGCAGAUGACGUUUACUUGUGAUUAAGUUUGGCAGCGGCCC